AUGCCUUCCAUGUUUGAGUGUGAUGCCAAGAAGGUAGUCAAGGAGCUGGGGAGGAAAGGGGACCUCAUACCUGUCCAGAGCCUACUCAACUCUACUCGCUUCCACCCCUUCUGCCUGGUUCGGAAGAAGAAAAAGAAAUUUCCCUGGUUCUUUGAAAGUCCCUUUUUUGAUACAUAUUUUUCCCUCAUGGACAUCCUGGAGCCAAGUUUUCCAGUCCCAGGUAAGCAGCCUCAAACACAUUAUCCCAGCUCUAAUUUCUUUCCACAGAGUGAGGGUCAAAGUCAAAAAGACAAAAAGAAGUUGGUGACUAUCCACCAGGGCUGCAUCUUGGCUUAUCGAGUUCUGGAGCUGUUCUUUGAGAAUGAUGGAUGGAGAGUUCUUUAUAUUCCUGAUGAGAUAACACCAAGGUUGUCUGUGGAAGAAUUCUACAUGGAUAAAUUGACUGGGAAAAUAAUCGGUGCUCCAAGAGAAUUUGAGGAAUUGCUGGAAAUGAUGAUAAGGGAACAAGAAGCCCUGUCCAAAGGGCCAAAAGAGCUACUGGUCACACUGUUCCAUGCCUUCUGGGAUGUACUUGGGAACAGGAAGGCACUGCAAGACAUGGAGGACAUGCUGGAUCAAGCCCCAGACAUGAGGGACAAAAAUCAAUUGGAGAGCCCUAUGGUCUGGAUCCUAAGACAUCUACAAAGCAAUUCAGGAGAUGCAUCUGACCAACAGACAGAGAGCAUUCUCUACUUCCUUGGAGCUCUAAUGAUCCUGACUGAUACUCAGCAACAGCUGCUGGCCCAGUCCCUGGAGAAGAAGAUCCUGCCUCAGCAACUGGCACUGGUUAAGAGCAUCUUGGAGCCACACUUUGGUCUGAGGGAAGAAACGUCCUUCUCUAUCCAGCCAGAGCUUUUCUCUCAGUUCAAAGAUGAGGAUCAAGUCAUCACAAUGAAUCUGGUAGAGGACUGUGGCCUAAAUCUUCAAUGUGCUGAAUCUCAAACGAAAUGGUAUCCAGAGGCAAAGAACCCCCUCUCUGCUCUGUAUGUGGCCCUCUCAUUCCUGCAGCUGCUGAGUCAAGCUUAA